AUGGUCAAAUGGAAUAUUCUGCCAGCUACCUGCAUCACAAACAGCUGCAUCAUUAACAUAUGUAACGAGGGAGACUGCAUACCUCCUCACAUUGAUCAUCAUGAUUUUGUAACACCCUUCUACACGUUCUCAUUUCUGAGCAAGAGCAAUAUUUUAUUUGAGAAAGUGAUUGCCAUCGUCAGCCCUGGUGAGUUCAGAGGUUCUGUAGAGAUUCCUCUACCAGUCGGUUCAGUGCUCAUUCUUAAAGGCAACGGUGCAAAUAUUGACAAACAUUGCAUUCCAAGGGUACGACACCGCAGGGUGUCUGUGACUUUCCACAGGAUGGAUGACUGCAAAAUGCCAUAUGGACUCCAGCCGGACUCGGAACUAGAAGAGCUACUGUCAUACGAUCUAUGA